CAUCCAAUAGACGUAUUUCGGAAAGGGAGUGCUUCGACACCAGACCGUCGAAUGAAAGCAUUGGACUUUAAGACACCCACGCUUGUUUCUAAGCCCCCCUUUGCCCCCAAAUUGAGUGAACUGGCAGUCUUUCUGGCAUGUGUCGCGUUCUAAGGAAAGACGGCGCCAGUAAUGAGUAGCCGAGCGCCCUUCUCUUUCCUCAAUAUCUCUUUCUCUCUUACUCUCUCUUACUCUCUCUUACUCUCUCUUACUCUCUCUUACUCUCUCUUACUCUCUCUUACUCUCUCUUACUCUCUCUUACUCUCUCUUACUCUCUCUUACUCUCUCUUACUCUCUCUUACUCUCUCUUACUCUCUCUUACUCUCUCUCUUCCCCCACCCCCACCAUGUGUCCAGUCAAGCUUUUGAGACCACCGCGGAGUCUUUCAAUUCACCCACCGCGUCUUUCCUCGAUCGUCGAAAAUAAUGAUAGCGUUCAACCUGACGAUCAGCAAGUUCUUGAUGCACUAGAACAGAGCCGGGAUUACUGGUAUCACGUCGCAUCACUGGCAGAUGUCCUUUUGCGUCGUGGCUUGGCCUCGGAGUGCACAAACCCUUGCCAUGCUCUUCAUAGUCUGCCUAAAUUCCAAGGCCGGCUUAGAGAAACCUUUGUGCGCCCUUAUGGAGAUUCUCCACACCUUGCCCUUUGCUCACUAAUGACUUCGACUUGGAAGCAGGUAGGAAGUUCAAACUGUGAUAGAGUCAAGAGAGAAAAAUCAAAUCAGACCCUGUUACAGAUUGGCAUCAGUGUUGCCAUCCCUUACACCUUCGAUGGGAGGGUUUUCAAUUCAUGGAUCGGUACAAAGGACGAAACAUCCACCGGCGCUAAUUAUUUGGGGAUCCUCACACUUGGUUGGUGUUACAUACUCUCGGCACGGUUCGUUGAAAUACAUGGAGAGGGCGCUUCUAUGCGAUACACAAAAUCCGUGGCCGAAUGCUACAGUGAGGACAUACCGCAGUCUUCGGAGACAUACAUUGUUGAUGUUGGAGAAUUGGAUGAAGAAGUGAUCCGGUGGUGGUCUGCGAUACUCGCUCAACACGAAGGCUGGGAAGGCGUUGUGGAUCAAAAAGGAAAUCGCAAAGUCCUCACCCCCUGGACAAUCUCUCGCACAUGCAAAAAAUCCUUUGGUAUCAAACAGAAAAGACCUUCCUCGGCUUUCUUCGACACCCCUUUACAUUCAGAUCGAGCUUUUGAAGUCCUUGCGGGGUUCGCAAGUCUACAUGAACUGGGGAGUCAAUUCCCCAUUGCUCUGGCGAUAGCCAUGACUUUUCCGACACAGAAUCUAUGCCUCGGCUGUCCAACUGCCAUUUCCAAGCUCAGCCGGGGGGAAGAAAUCAACAACUUGUAUCGAUGCGAUCCCGUCAACGUGGGCGAGUUUGAAUAACCAGCUCCCAUACUACAUAACUCUGAGUUGCAGUCCGGAAGUAAUGAUGUCAGCUUUUUGUGGCUCAUUCUGGGAACUUUGAGGUUCCUUGCAAUCUCGUCAGCCCCUGGUUACAUCCGGUUCUGAAUGAGGUCUUAGGCGAAACGUCGGUUACAAUAGGGCAUGAUCAAGAAGUUCUUGCCUUGAUAGGCUCAAUCCGCCGACCAGGUUUAAGUGCACUUUGGAUCGGAGCAGUUGCAAGUGGCCCGGGCCCGAGAAUUCUCCAAAAAGUCCGGAGAGGUAGACCUCCUCUUGAUCCACUCGGCCAUCCUUGGACUGGGUAUCCGCAAAGCUUCAUGGACCUCGCUGGUUCCGGUCCAUAUACCUGUGAAAGCCCAGAGUACGUUUUAAGGACAGACGUGUGGCGCUUACAGCAUCUCCCUUAGACAGAGGCCGAUGAAUAUUGCUACAUAUGCCAGCCCAGUACACCUUGGGCACCCUUUGGAGCAUCUCUAACAAAAGACUGUGCUCUUCGGAUCACCUCACACUUGGAAUGCCCACGACAUGAAUAUCAAUACGACCACUGGAAUUGGGAGCUGGCAGAUGGGACAAUUGUUCAGGAUCGUGGGUUCUCCAGAUCACCCAUUCCAGCCGAAAACCCUUCCAUUCCUGAAGGGCUGGAUCAAACUGCCUCUAGAGAAGCCUCGCAGGCUCUCUUUCACUGGUUCGGUAUUGGUGAAGAAGGAACUCCCGCUGAAAAGAUCUAUCAAGAUGAGUGGCUUCAGGAUAAAUGGGACGAGAGUGACAUGGAAGCCGAUGAGGCUGAUGAUGACACUACUCAAAAGUCUGCCAGUCAAAGUGAGGCACGUAUUGGAUCAUGGCUUGAUGAAAUAGGAUAUUUAGAUACCUGAUCGCCAAGCAAAGGAUUUCUCUUUUCUCGGUUUGAUAAAUGGAUUUGGUAGAUACAUAGGUG